AUGAUGUCCUAUAUGAAGCAACCACACUACGCAGUUAAUGGAUUGACACUCACUGGCCCUGGUAUGGAUCUCUUACACUCUGCAGUUGGCUAUCAAACCACUCCGAGGAAACAGCGCCGGGAGAGAACGACCUUCACCAGAGCACAGCUCGAUAUUUUGGAAGCCCUCUUUGCCAAGACCCGCUACCCUGACAUCUUCAUGCGGGAAGAGGUGGCUCUGAAGAUCAAUUUACCCGAAUCCAGGGUUCAGGUUUGGUUUAAGAACCGUCGCGCAAAGUGCCGCCAACAGCAACAGCAGAACAGUGGCCAAGCUAAGACACGGCCGGCCAAAAAGAAGACCUCUCCGACACGGGACACCAGCUCAGAGACCAAUGCCAGCGGCCAUUACAGCCCGACACCGGCAGGCACAGCUGGCACCACCAGCUCCAUCACCAACGCCAACGUGUCCAUCUGGAGCCCAGCCUCCAUCUCUCCGAUCCCGGAUCCGCUCUCCUCGUCCGCCGCCUCGUGCAUGCAGCGGUCUGCCGCCUAUCCCAUGACCUACAGCCAAGCCCAGGGGUACAAUCAGAGUUACGCUGGUUCCUCUCCCUACUUCAGCGGCCUGGACUGCGGACCGUACCUGUCCCCCAUGCACCCGCAGCUGCCCGCCCCAGGGGCUGCGCUGAGCCCUCUGAGUACCCCGACCAUGGGAGGUCACCUGAGCCAGUCUCCGGCCUCCCUGUCCGCCCAAGGCUACGGCUCGGCCAGCCUGGCUUUCAACACCGUCGAGUGCCUGGACUACAAGGACCAGAGCUCCUCCUGGAAGCUGAACUUUGGCGCCAGCGACUGCUUGGAUUACAAGGACCAAACCUCCUGGAAGUUCCAGGUCUUGUAA